CUGGCUUGCUGGUACUGCGCUUGCGCAAUGAGAGAAUUUCGCCUGGCCUGGCACUUGCGUAUAUCUGCUGCUUCCGCAAGUGACUCAAGGUACCAAGUCCCGGAUUGCCCACAUCACGAUCUGUGGAAAUGCUCAGCUAAUAAACUACAGCCCUCUCCUUGUAAUGUUACGGAAGGAAUUGCAGGAAAGCAGCGGCCACAGAGAACUGCGCAGUCGCUUCUGAGCGCCGGGACCCCACCCACAGGGCACAGAUGCGUGCUUGGAGAAACUCCCGGAGCCCCGCCUGAGAGUCAACACGCAGGCGCAAGGGCGCGUGCCCUGCGCUGCCGGCUCUGAUUGGCUACCAAGGAUGCCUGACUGUUGUGGGCGGCAAUAGGCUUCAGAGGCACAAGAUCAUUGAAGACUGAGACAUAAACUUUGGAUUAAGAUUUGUUGAUUGAUAGAGGCUGGUGAGUAGUGGGAUGAGCAAGGGCAUCUCCUCUCUCCUGGGUUCCUUCUAUGUCACUGGCUCCUGCCCCUCCUUCCCCAGGCACUGCCUUCCCCACAAUGGCAGAGGUUGUGGCUGAGGUGGCUGAGAUGCCAACACAGUCACCAGAGGCAGUGGAGAUGCCAACAUCUGUGUCAUCCAUGUCGGGGGAGAUGGCAGAGAUAGCAACAGAAGUGACAGAAAUGACACCUGGAGAGGCCCUUGCCUCAUCCCUCUUCUUUCAGCACCACCAGUUCAUGUGUUCUGAGUGCGGCAGCCUCUAUAACACACUAGAAGAAGUCCUCUCACACCAAGAGCAGCACAUGCCCACUGUGUUGGAGGAGGAGGCACUGACCACACAGGAUGCUGGCCUGGAACCAGAGCUAGUGCCAGACACCGAGGAGGGGCCUUUCCAGUGUGGUGAAUGCAGCCAGCUCAUCCUCUCUCCCACUGAGCUCCUGGCCCACCAGGAUGCUCACCUCCGAGAGUCUGCAAGCCAGAUCCAGUACCAGUGUGGGGAUUGUGAGGAGCUCUUCCCCUCACCUGAGCUGUGGGUGGCCCAUCGCAAGGCUCAGCACCUUUCUACUACAGUGGCCGAGUCAUCAGCACCACCUCCUUUGCCUCCUCCAUCACCACCUCCUCCACCACCUGAAGUCAAGAUGGAGCCCUAUGAAUGUCCUGAGUGUUCCACCCUCUGUGCCACCCCAGAGGAAUUCUUGGAACAUCAGGGCACUCACUUUGACUCCUUGGAGAAAGAAGAGCGUAAUGGGUUAGAGGAGAAGGAGGAGGAAGAUGAGGAAGAUGAAGAGGAGGAGGAUGAAUCAGAGGAGGACGAAGAUGUAGACUUUGCUGAUCCUAUGGAAGGUGACAAGUCCAGAGCUGGUAGAGUGCAGGGCCAUGGGGAUUGUCCCCAACACUGUACCUCUGUAGGGGCACGCCAGAGACACCGAAGAGCAUCUCAAGGAUCAACAUCAGGUGCCCACCCCUUCCACUGCACCCAAUGUCAGCGCAGCUUUAGCUCAGCAAAUCGGCUGCUGGCUCAUGGGCGGGCCCACGUGGGUGGCACGUACGAGUGUACAGCCUGCUCCAAGGUCUUCAAGAAGGCAGCCUCUCUUGAGCAGCACUUGAGGCUGCACCGCGGAGAAGCCCGCUACCUCUGUGUAGACUGUGGACGGGGCUUUGGCACAGAACUCACAUUAGUAGCCCACCGCCGGGCUCACACUGCCAACCCACUGCAUCGCUGUCGCUGUGGCAAGACGUUCAGCAAUAUGACCAAGUUCCUCUACCAUCGGCGUACUCAUGCUGGGAAAAGCGGGGCCCCAGCAGCAACAGCCUCUCCAGCUCCAACAGAGCCCACGCCCCCAACCCCUCCCCCUGCCCCGCCUGCCCAGCUGCCCUGCCCACAGUGCCCCAAAUCUUUUGCCUCAGCCUCUCGGCUUUCCCGACACCGGCGUGCGGUACAUGGACCCCCUGAACGGCGGCACCGCUGUGGGGUUUGUGGCAAGGGCUUCAAGAAGCUGGUCCAUGUGCGCAACCACUUGCGGACACACACAGGUGAGAGACCCUUCCAGUGCCAUUCUUGUGGCAAGACAUUUGCUUCUUUGGCCAACCUCAGCCGCCACCAGCUGACCCACACAGGUGUGCGUCCCUAUCAGUGUCUGGACUGUGGCAAGCGCUUUACACAGAGCUCCAACCUGCAGCAGCACCGGCGGCUGCACCUGCGGCCUGUCGCCUUUGCCCGUGCACCCAGGCUUCCUAUCACCGGUCUCUACAACAAGAGUCCCUACUACUGUGGGACCUGUGGCCGCUGGUUCCGUGCCAUGGCAGGCCUACGGCUGCAUCAGCGGGUCCAUGCCCGAGCCCGGUCUCUGACACUGCAGCCUCCCAGAUCACCAUCUCCUACACCGCCCCCAGCACCUGAACCUCAGCAGACUAUCAUGUGCACGGAGCUCGGGGAGACCAUUGCCAUCAUUGAGACAUCCCAGCCACUGGCACUUGAGGACACACUGCAGCUGUGCCAGGCUGCACUGGGGGCCAGUGAAGCAAGUGGGCUGUUACAGUUAGACACAGCCUUCUUGUGACAUGGCUGAAGAGCAACAAUAAAAGGGUUUGGUUGCAACAAUAAGUGUGGGCACCUCUGGGGAAAAGAGGACCACCCUUUGACAGACCAAUCUGGCAUUCAUCAUGAGACUCACUCUUGUACCCAGUGACUCCUCAGAGCAGCCCUGCCAGGUUUCCCAUGUCACCUUUCUCUUCCUGAGGGGAAACUGAAGCUAAGAUGCCAUGUAAUCUGUCCCGGGUCACCCUGCUCUGUUGCAAAGUGGGGUUUACCAAGGCUCUUUGCAUCACCCUUGUGCCCAGCAAUAUCAGGUAAACUUUACUGAGCAUUGACCAUGCCCAGGUCUGUGCUGGGGAUUCUCAUAUACCUCUCAAGAGUUUCUACUUGUCUCCCAGCCCUAACCUAGAUUUGGGGCACCCAGGGGAGAGAAAAGCACUUAUCUGGGCUUCCUUCAUCUCAGAUUUGACAAUGUAAAAGGAAAUCUGUAGGUGUCCUGGUACUAAGCUUAGAGUAGGUGAUGCUGAAGACCCAGUUAGUUAUGAGUCAGACACAGGCUCUGCCCUCAGAAAGUAUCUAGUAGGACCACACACAAGUACAGAUGGUUUGUUCUCCAAAUGUGGCUUACUGGUUCAUUUAACCUGUGUCCGAAGGCCUCCUCUUAUGUGCUAUGCAGUGCUGGAGGCUAGAGAUAAGAUUGAGUCCAGCUUAAGGAUUUCUUGGGUUAUGAUGAGGAUGUACAGCAACACUGGGAUCCCAGAGUAGGGAACAAACCUUCAUGGGGGGAGAUCAGGUGUGAAAAAGUCUUCCUAGAGAAGGAAGUCCCUGAAGAAAAAGUAGAAAUCUGCCAGUGCAAGAGGAAAAGAACAUUUCAAGCAGACAGCCACUAUAGGAAGUUAGUAUAUAUUUGGAGACCAUCUUGUAAUUACAAUUAACUGAGCAUUUGACUGCAUGGCCACAGCAGGCACUGCACUUAGCACUGUAUGUGUACUAUGAUCCCAGCAGGUGUAAGAUCUCAAUCUCACCCCUCUUGUACAGGUUAAAAAAGUUAAGGACAGCAACUUGCAAGGCAUUGUGAGCUUUGAACCCAGAAUGUCCCCUAAGCCCACAUUUAUAACCACUAGGAUUCUAAGCGAUUUGAGACCGGAAACCCACGCAGAGAGUUGGGAGUCAGAGGAUUCAUUCUAAUUGGAAGAAAAGUAAACCAGGGUCACAGAGCAGUUGGAAUAUAAGGGAGCCUGAAAAGACCCUGGAAGCAGGAAGGGUCACCAAAUUUUUUCAAAGCGUGCCUAGGAUUAUAAGCAGAUGUGGGUCAGACCUCUGACCCUGGGUGCUCCGGCAGAUGAAACAGAAUGCUGCUGGAGCUGGCACUUGUCCAGGAGGGAAGCCUAGGCCUUGGGAGUUGGGCUGAGCAGUUCAAGACAGUGUUGCAGAGGUGGGGAGGUGUCAUGACAGGGUUGUCAGCUCUCCCAGAGAUAGUGAGUGGGAGGCUGGCAGUGGUCUAGGAGGGAGAGAACAGGGACAGUGCUGGGCAGGGGUGAUGGGGACAGGAGUAAGGUGAAGGACACCCUGUGAAUACAUGAUCAACCACUGGGGAGGAAGAGGUCCCCAAGCACUCAAGGCUCGCCCCUUGCCCAGACCAGCCAUCUUCCCCUUGUCUAAUCUAUGUGUUCUAUAUAUCCACUUUGCAAUCGAGGUGAAAUGCAGGCCAGUAUUAUGCAAGAAAGGGACAGUCUGUGUUGGGCAGUUUAUAGAUGUCCUUAGGCAAUUUGGAAAGCCCAGAUCCCACGGGAAGUCUCAGCUCUCCUGGGACAUGUCCUAAGUGGAAUCUAGCAGAGGACAUGCAGUUGGCUCCUCCCCAGGCUCCCUUUCCCUCCCCUUCAGCCUAUGCUUGUUGCUUGACACCAUGUGGAGAAGGUGCCAUUUCCUUCUGCCUAUAGCCCCUACCAUCUAGUCCUAGUAUAUUUUUAAAGUGAGGGAAAAAGCCAAAUUUUGCCCGAGCCUUCCCAGAGUUGUCAAUUCCCAACAUUCCUGAGAGGCAGAGCAAAUGGGUGCCUUGCUUAACACUGAAAUGAAGCCUUGCAGCCGGGCAUGGUGGCGCACGCCUGUAAUCCCAGCACUCAGGAGGCUGAGACAGGA